UUAAAGUCAAAAACAAAGAAUAGAAAAAAUAAUAAUAAAAAAAAUAAAACUCAAUAUUAAAUUUAUUUUUUUUUUUCUGAAUGGUUUAGUUUGAAUUUUAACAUCGGCCGUAAAACACAAUUAAAGUCGGAUACCAAUUAUAUCAAUUGUGUUUGCCACAUCAAAUUAAAUUCAGUUAUUUUAAAAAUUGCAAAUCAAAAUAUUUUUUUCUUUUUCAAUAAAAAUAAAAUUAAUUAUUUAAUUUCAAAUUGAAUAAUAAUAAAUUAUUGAUUUUAUUAACUUAACACUGAAAUUAAAAAUUCAAAAUGGGAAAGGAUGAACCUGAAGUAGCUGCUCUUAAAGAUGAAUUAAAUGGAAUGAUCGAAAAAUUCAAGGAAGCCCACAAAGCUGGUCAAGAUGCAACUUUAAAAGAUAAAUGCGGUGAUAUGGGUAAUAUACCAAAAAUUCGAUGGCAAUGUAAAAAAAUCUUUAAGGGUCAUAUUAAUAAAGUAAAUUCAGUUCAUUUUUGUGAAGAUAAUCGUCAUUGUGUAACUGGUUCAUUAGAUGGAAAAUUAAUAAUAUGGGAUUCAUGGUCUGGAAAUAAAGUUCAAGUUAUUCCUUUGCGUUCAGCAUGGGUAAUGUCAGUUGCAUAUGCACCAUCUGGUAAUUUUGUAGCUUGUGGUGGUAUGGAUAAUCAAUGUACCAUAUAUGAUUUAAAUAAUCGUGAUUCUAGUGGUGUUGCUAAAAUGACAAGAGAAUUAUUAGGUUAUGAAGGAUUUUUAAGUUCAUGUCGUUUUUUGGAUGAUACUCAUAUUGUAACCGGUUCUGGUGAUAUGAAAAUAUGUCAUUGGGAUUUAGAAACUGGUAAAAAAACAAUGGAAUUCAAUGGCCAUGCUGGUGAUAUUGCAUCAAUAUCAUUAUCACCUGAUAAAAAUAAUUAUAUAACUGGAUCUGUUGAUCGUACAGCAAAAUUAUGGGAUAUACGUGAAGAUAAGCAUAAACAAAUGUUUUUCGGUCAUGAAUUAGAUGUGAAUUGUGUUUGUUAUCAUUCAAGUGGAAAUGCAUUUGCAUCUUGUUCUGAAGAUCAAACAGCUAGAUUUUAUGAUCUUAGAGCUGAUCAACAAUUUGGUUUUUAUGAACCACCAGCGAAAAACACUGGUUUUACUUCUUGCGCUUUGUCUUUAAGUGGUAGAUAUUUGGUAUGUGCAGGAAUAGAAGGUAAUAUUCAUGCUUGGGAUACGAUGAAAGAAACUCAUAAUGGAAUGAUGGCUGGACAUGAAAAUCGUAUUACUUGUAUUUCAAUGACACCAAAUGGUAUGGCAUUAGCAUCAACUAGCUGGGAUCAAAGUGUUAGAUUAUGGCUCUAAAAAAUAUUUUUGAAUAAUGAAAACCAAUGAAAAUUUAUUGCAGAAAUAUUUUAAAUUUAAUUUAAAAUAAUAAAAUAAUAUUACUAAUAUAAUAUUGUAGAAAAAUCAUAAUGAUGUGCGUUUAUAUUACAUACUUUACGUUUUAUUUUUAUUAUAAUUUUAAUAAAGUUAAAAAAAAUCGAAAAAAUAUCGAUAAAUAAAUAAAUAAGUAAAAUUUUCGAUCAUGAAAUGAACUAAAUUUACAUUAAAAUAAAAGAAUUUUGAAAAAAAAAAAAAUUUAGUUACAUAAUAUUAUUAAUAAUGAUAAAAAAUAUUUAAUGUUGUAAAAUUUAUGAAAUAAAUUUGUGUAUUUUUGCGAUUUUAUUCUUCCCUAUUUA